AGUAUACGUAUUUAACUGCAGCAUUCAGUUCCAACAACCAGAGCGCAGAUACAUUAACAUCGCGGCCGACUCGUCGGCCUGUUGAGUUGACGAGUUAGUACGCACUGUAUUCAAAUCAUCUGAUGAUUACUUGGUAAUAAGCCAGAGUCGCCAAUGACAUAUAAUUAAACAAAUGAACGUCGCUGAAAUGUCCCUGUGUGCUUUUACUCCGAGAAUCACACAGAAAUUCAAAUGCGAAUCACGUAUUUGUUGCCUCUUAUCGGCGUGGUUCGAAAUCGAAGGCGGUUCAUUCGCCCCUCGCCUAACGCAACAGCUCUUGUUCCAGUAGAAAAUCCACAAGACUUACCGUAUCCUGAUGGAUCGGUCCGCCUUAGAAACCCAAACAUUGAACUUAUGGACCAGGACAUUCUGUACCAUAUUGCUCUUGGUAGCGAAUCGCAUGACCUGGUCUCGAUGUUUGGGGACGUGAAGUUUGUGUGUAUGGGAGGAACGCCAAAGCGCAUGGAGCAGUUUGCGUUCUACAUCAUGAACGAGAUCGGGCACAAGCUGCCGACGGGCACGACCCUGCAGGACAUCAGCCAGUAUUCGUACCGGUACUCCAUGUACAAAGUGGGGCCCGUGCUUGCUGUCAGUCACGGCAUGGGCAUCCCUUCAGUCGGCAUCCUGCUGCACGAGAUGAUAAAGCUGAUGUACCACGCUAAAGUGCGAGACCCAGUAUUUUUCCGCAUUGGCACCUGUGGCGGCAUCGGUGUCGAGGGUGGCACGGUCAUCAUAUCGGAAGACGCAGUCGAUGGCAUGCUCAGACCUGUUUUGGAACUGCCUGUUCUAGGGAAAAUGAUACAGCGACCAGCAAGACUGGACAAGAAACUGGUGUCCCACCUCAAGAGCAUGGCUGACCCUGAUGACCCGUAUGACACAAUCACAGGCAGAACAAUGUGCACUUAUGACUUCUAUGAAGGUCAAGGCAGACUGGAUGGUGCCUUCUGUGACUUCACAGAAAAGGACAAGAUGGACUUCCUGAGUCGAAUCCAUAAGGCAGGAGUUGUUAACAUUGAGAUGGAAUCUCUCUCCUUCGCUGCCCUCACUCACCACGCCGGGAUCAAGGCAGCGGUCAUAUGCGUCGCCCUCAUGGACAGAUUCAAGGGCGAUCAGGUGCUGGCUCCAAAGGAAGUUCUUGACGAAUGGCAGUUGCGACCACAGAAGCUGGUGACCCGCUUCAUCAAGAAAUACCUGACAAUGAAGGGUCGGCUGUCACUCGAGGGGUUUGGAGGGUCCAUAUGUGUGAAGAGCCCCCGCCGCUUCAAGCUGGUGCAGCAGGAGUCUGAGAAUUACGACUAGUUGCUGUCAGUAGAUCAGAGUCCCGUCUGUGGCUGCAGCACAAAAUACGUGGCGCAGGAAUCUUCCUCCGCUUCUGGAAUGACUCGACGGGGCUACAUUCUGGAUCGGAGGGGAUAACAUUCCGGCUGCAGCUGAAUUCUUGCAGGACUGACAUCAGAGAAAAAAAUAAAAGUAAAAAUAAAAAUGCAGCAUCCUUUUUGUGGAUGCUUUGCUUUUUAAUUCCAAAGAUUUAUGUUCAUUCGAUAGUGGCAUAUUUUAUUUUCUUGAAACUGGACAGAGACCAGUAAGUGAAGUGUGAGCCUGAAUCUUGUGGUCACAUGUGCUGUUAGCCUUAGGGAAAAAUGUUUGUGUUUGUUUGUAGCGGUCAUCUGACUUAUUUAUAUGCCAUUGUUUAAUGUAUAGUGUAGACUGUAGGAUAACUAUAAAAAAUAUGAGACAAGUAAGAUGUUAAUGCUUUCCUUUAAAAGGCUGUGUUUCAAAACUGGGUGAUUGUUUUAGACUAGUGCAUAAUUUCACUUUUUAUACUGUUAUCUGCACGGUGUACAGUAGUUUGUAUAUUACUGUCACCGUGUGUUCAGUGCGAGAUGAGCUACAGCAUUCCCACUCAUUUAUAUGAGGAGUUUCAUAAGUUGGUGUUAAAUAAAGUUGUUUGUUGUUUGUCAUAUGUUGUUAUAAAGUAGUUUUUGCAAGCUAGAUGCUUAUAGGAUUUACACUUCUUGUUAAAACUGGAGAGUAUUAAUGUUACAAUAGGUAACAAAAAAAACUGUGGCUCAUGAGAUGUCUGUGUGUGCUCUGGUGUAUGCAAUUUCUCUGGAUGACGUUAUAUAAAACUGCCAUAUACAUGCAUAGAUGUACUAAAUGCCUUAAAUCUGCUCACUGGUGCACAAUAAGCCCAGGGUCGAUUGCCAGAGUGAUCAAAAAAUAAAUCUUUCGUUUUUAUCAACCCCAGUUGUUCUAAUGGUUUCUAAUUGUACAGCAUUUUUAUAUGUGCAAGUGCAUUAUUUAGAGACUGAAAAAAUGUAUUUAUUAGAUUUGUUCGAAAUGUGUAAAUUUUGUGUCAUGAAGGAUGUAAAUAGACAGUUUCAGUAUUUAAACCUGUGAAGAAAUAGAAAGAAAGAAUCAGUUGUUUGUACUUAGUGACACGAAUAUGCUGCUUGGUUGAUAGUCCACUUGUGUCUCGAAUUAAUAAGCUCCUUUUUGUAAAUGGCAAUUACCAGAAUAUGCGGGAAAAACAAAUUUCUUUGAAAUCUAAAGAAAAUAUUGUCUCCAUUUAUCAUUUCUGUUUGUAGUUUACAGCUCUAUGUCAGAAGUAAUUGAAAAUAUGCAUAUCCUAAAAAAAUGUGAGUCCUGUCCUCUGAUUUCAGUUGCAGCACAGAUUAGGAAAAGUACCUCCAUUUUCCAAACGUGCUUUCUGCUACUCUAGAGAUGUAUCAGUUAAAUUACUGCCCAUAAAACAGCUUAAGACCAUGUUUGAGAAUCUUGUGGACACAAUUUUCAAUUUUGUCACUAUUCUGACAUUUUGGGACUAUUAGUAGGUACUCAGAUACGAACAGAUAAAACUAGUUGCGAUAGUGGUGAAUGCGUGAAAUAAGAAACACGACCUCCAAGUAUUACUUAGGUUGGUGUUUACCUAUAGAAAAAUAUGAUUUUAUUUUGUUCCACCUAAGUACAGAUGUGCAUAGGUGUUGCCAGAUUCCAAUUUUGUUUACUUACAAGAGAACAUCACCAAUUUGACCUCAUAUUUUACAGAGAAAAAAAGCACACUUGCAAGGUAUCAGCCCAUCGGUCGAUUCCACGUGAAAAUUAGGCCCUUAAUUUGUAUAGCACUCAGUUACGACCUGACUGUGCGGCUUUUAAGAAUUCAUGCACACCCGUUGUUUCACACUCAUUCGAUCUCACUGCAACCAUACAAUGCCCAAGAGUGAAGUACUACACAGUGGACUGACGGCAAGCCUCACACUUUAGCACUCUGAACAAAGCACACAUCAAUGUCGCAACAGUAUUUCAUUGGAUGUUGAAAGUGCUCUGAUUGGUCACUGUGCAACUGCUUCGAUACCAAACCUAGCGAAAGACUUGCCACAAUACUGGUGCACAUAACUGCCUGUAAAGCAGAGACUACAUUUGCAGAAACUUGUUACGCUGGUCAUAAUUAACAUCAAUGCAGAGUUGUUGGUAAACCUACGGACAAAAUCUUCAAUACGCGAAAGCCACAUACAUCCAGUGGGUGAAAAUAUCUUGUUCCACACAGUGGUAAUGUCAGUACAGAAACUGCACUAUCUUUAGUUCAGUGCUCUUAAUUCAUAGCUGUACUACUGUAAUUUGUUCAUUGCCAUUAUGAAUGCAAACCUCUUAACUCACUCCACUGCACAGUACUCGAGCAUUAAGCAGCUGCAGGUCAGCUGCUUACAAUCGAAAUUAUGGCCCAAAUUUUUCCAUGGGACUGAUUGCUGUGGCAGAUAUCUUGCAGGUGUGUUUUCUUUCUUGCCAAAAUAUGAGGCAAAGUUGCUGUUGUUCCCUUGUAAGCAGAGGAAAAUUAUGGCAUUUAUUUGAUUCAACCAGACUUUGACUUAUGAUUAAGUGGAAUUAUUGUUUUAUGAAAGUAACAAAACUACAGUCACCUGAGCACAAUGUAUUUUGCUGUCAAUUUCUCUUCAGCUGCCCCAGUGAUAUUGAUUAAAUUAUAUAGUCUGAUAUGCCCCACACCCCUUUUAAAAAAUUGUUUCAUUAUGUCAUUACGUUAAUGUUUAUAGUCUAUUGAACCACUGGUUUCAUUGUUCCAGCAACAGUAAAGAACAUUUCACCUCCACACUUGAUCCCACAUUGCAAACCAAGAGUCAAAAAGAGUCUGGCCCCAUUUCAAAAACGUUGUAUUGCUCAGUGUAAUCUAUUAUUUAUCAUGGGGGCAUCUAAAGAUAGCACAAAAAUUAUAAAAAUGAGUGACUGAAAGAGGAAAGUAUAGUUUUGUAAAUGCCAUUAUUUAAAUUACAUCCAAACAUAAGAGUAGCAAGUUUACAGCUUUGAUUACAUUUGUUAUUUUUUGUGAUCACAAAUAGCUAUUAAUAAUAUUAUGAAAUGUGUACAUGCUUUUGACUAAGAGCCUGUCUGUGAUCCAAAACAAUGGAAUUUUUUGCAAUUGGGUUUUUUAAUUUGCUACACAUAACAUGAAAUAAAAGUUGAGUUGAAUGUGACAUUUCUUACAGUAUAAUACAGAAUUCACAAGAGUCUGAUGUCCAUAUGGAAUACCUUUGCAUCGAGGAAUAUCCCCAGCCAAAACUUCCGAGGGACCAUGUUUCAUGUGUCACAUAUCAUUUGUAAUAUGUCUUUCACUAAAUAGUUUUUAUUGAAAGUGAAUGUGAACUUACAUGAGAGAUGCAUGUAAUUUUCAGCAUUAUUUUUAAAGAAAUACGUCCAUAUAACGCUUGUAAUUUAAUAUAUACUUUCUCCUUUUGGGUCCACGUCUUUCAACUGUAUGGCUGUUGGAUUUUCUUCUGUGGAAGGUACACAGGGUCUGGAAUUCAGGCAUGUUAUAUUGUCAAUCAUAUCUGCAGUAGAAAAUCACAAACUUAGAUGAUGAGAACUAAUUAUUGUGUAUAAGCCUAACAGACAAAUGUGGGUGAUAAGAAGUCUUCCUGGUUUUACAUUACAGAAAAGCUUUUGAAAGCACGGAAUAUUUGAUUCCAAAUAUGUCUGCCUUCAGGGCUGGUAAACUGUUUUCAUUCCAGUCAUUAAGAGAGAGAGUUAAUCCUUCACUUAACAACAUGCUGUAUUGCAGUACUAGGUAUGUCCAGUCAGUGGGAAAUUCUAGAAAGAUUCCUUGCAAUGAAAUACUAAAAAUUUUGGUAACUGCAGUCUGUUACAUUGGUAGUGGAAAAAUUAUGUUCCAACUCUGUGGCCUUUCUAACAACAUAAAGUCUGUUACUUGGUGAACAUUCUACAGUGUUCAAUUUCAUGAUCACCAUUGGCAAAAUUUUUGCUUCAUAAAACCUUUUCCCCAUGACAUUUCCUUGGAUCUAUGUACUCUUGAUUUCCAUUCACUGUUUCUUAUUCAUUUAUGUUUACCAUUUUUUGUGGUUUCUGUUGUAAUUCAUUUUACCUGCCUAUUUCUGACAAUAGUUUAUGCACUGUGUGAAACAGGAAGGGGAAAAAGAAACUUAAAUGAGGGUGGGAACACGUCUUAUGUUAUACAAGGAUGAUUACAUGAAUUAAAUUUUCAUACAAAGUCUAUGCUUGUGUGAUAAAACUUGUUCACAGGUAGGUAAAUUGUUCCACGUGAAAGCGAGUCAAACACCAGUAAUACGAAUCGGAGGAGUUGGUUAGUUAAUUCAGUCACAAGAAAGAUUAAUUUUAAUUUCUCCAGAGUAAGGAAUAUUUCUGCACAUUAAAACGUAGCCCAUGAUGCAAAAUUCUUAAAUUGGGAUAGGAUAUUUUCUCAGGUGAUAGCACUAGUGAUUCAUUACAUCCACUUCCAGUUUUGCUUGGUGUACAUAAAAUUUUCGAAUGCAGAGAGGGAAAGCCCUGAACAGCACAACCCGGGUAUAACCAAAAACUGUACAUCCUACUUGCCCUCAUGCAGAUGUGCAUUAGAGACCCAAAGUUCACAGAACUAUUCACUCAGCAGUGAGCACAUAUUAGAAAUAAAUUUGGAUGAAAAACAUUAAAUUCUGACGAGAACACAUUUUUCCAGGAAGAAGUAGGCAACGAAAUUAUGCAGUGUUUUUCAUCACUCCUUUGGAAAUAAUUUACAUAGAGCAAUUUAAAAGUGAUGUUGGUGAUUUGUCAGUAUGUAUUUAUAUUUUAACACAGGAAGUAGAACUAGUGACAAGCUGAAUUCUGUGAAUUUCACACCACUUUGUCAUCCCAUCUCCCUCCUUAAUCCAUUUAUUGUGGCUGUAGAAAAUACAUACUGAUAAGCUCAUUUAUUUGGGUGAAAUGGAGUCCAUGUUGGGACAGUUGAGGUUUGUGCAUGUGGAAUGUGGUCAGCUGUUUUGUUUAGAGCUGUUGCUAUAUCAGGUUUGGUGGGUAUGGAUUUAAAAGGAACUGGUGAUAAAUUUCUUUAAAUGUGCACAGGUAGGCUGCUGAAAAUUACACUAACUUCACACUAUUUUUUCUACAUAGGGCUGAACACUGAGAGGGGGUUCUUGGCCGUGAGGGAGCAAGCAGAAGCAUAAAAUGAAAUCUCUGCCACAGAAACAAAUGAUAAAAGCUUUUGCAUCCAUGUUCCAACAUUCUGUGAACUAACUUCCACAAAGCUAUGAUGACUUAUAACAUAUUCCAUAUUUUUUGUAAUCCAACAGAUGGUAAAAUGUGGCUACAGAAGUUUUCUGAUUUGUUUGUUAUAAGAAAGGGCAUGUUUCUUGACAAAUUAGUUUGGUCUCUUCAGUGUAUUCCUGAUGUGAAUAAUUGCUUGUGGUGUGCUAAUUUCUCAGCAGUAUCCGAUAAAGAUUAAAUCCGAAAAAGAAAUGAAGGGUAAUCUCUCUGUAAAUUAGGUAAUUACAACUUUGGACAGUUGAUGUUAAGCAUGAAGUAUUACAACCUGAGAUGGGAAUACAUAUGUUUCGAAAGACUUUCUUCGUUUUACAUGUAUUCCCCUUAGUGACAGUCAGAACAUACUCUCAAUGAAGCAGUACUGGGUUAUUGUGAGGAUCCAAAUACGAAGUAAAUAAAUUUCCACUCUGUAACAUAUCUUUAGGAGGAAAAAAGUAACAAAUCAAUGAUUUUUAAAGUGAAGAGCCUAUUUUAGUAAUUACAAAGGCCAAAUAUUGAUUGAAACUCUGAUAAGUAUUUCUUAAAACACACAGUAAAUUAAAUUGUCUUUUCAGUCCAAAAAAAUACCAACAGAAGCAGCUUUUGAUGUAAUAUUUCUCUGUGUGAAAGUGCAUUUGUAUGGGCAUAAUUUAAAAAGAAGACAUUUAUAGACAACGACAUAUCUACUAGACACUUUAGUACGAGAGCUGAUUGUAUGAUACUAGAGUAUAUGAUUUUUGUACCCAACAUACACUUUUGUUAGCGCACAUAAGUUUUUUGUGUCUCUAAGAAAAAAAAGUAUUAAUGGCUAUUUAAAAAUAGUGCAGGCUGCCUUAAAUUUAAUAAGCAGGCAAUUAAAGGAGUAAACUGUGAGCAUAAAAGUUCUGUUGGAGCAUACUGACUACAUUGGUUUCAGAUGUGAAAUAAAGAGAUUAUGCUUUGGAGCUGUGACAUUGCACAGGUAGUAAAUAGAAUUAAAAGGCAGAGUUCAUUAAUGGAAACUCAGCUGAAAGUCAUGAGAGUACUCAUUCAGCCACAUAUAAGUACAUGAUCGUAGAGGAGACUUAAAUUCAAAAACUCUGUGGAUGAUUCUUAAAAAAUAUUACCAGCUUCAAUUUGUUUUGAGUUAACAGGUAGAGAAAUGUGGAGAUCCAAAUUCUGCACGAUGCUAUGCAACUUGUGCUGUUUUUGAACACUGCCAUUAUUGGAUUUUCAAGACUUUAAAGAAACAGGAAGAGAAAAACUUGUGCUGUCACUUAUGAGCAAACUGACAAUAAGAAUUUUGUAAUAUCCCAAUACUCCAGCAACUAUACCGUGCCCAAUCCUUUUGUCUCAGAACUGCACACCCGAGACAAUGAGGGAAUGGAAAAACUACAGUCAUAACUUGAUUAAAUCUAUGAUACAUCACAUGUACGGUCCGUGCAUACUUCACGAUGCAAUAAUCUUCUGGAGGAGAAAACUCACUGAAAUCCCUUCUGAUGUCAUUUACUACUUUAACUGAGAGUUGAUUAGCAUUAAUCUCUGCGUGGCAAUAACUACACACAGUCACCCAGUUUACUCAAAUUUAUGUUUCAUGUAUUGUCACUCUGCUUUUUCUACUUCAUGACUUAACUGCAAACAUCAUGAGUUUUGAGCAAUUAGUGUCAAAUGCACCUGACUGUAUGCGACAUACAUUUUGAGGCAUAAUGUUUCAUCUCGAGGUAUGUAUUUUGCAUAUUCUAAUCUUCUGGCUGUUCUCGUGAUAUCGCUGCAGUUUGAAGGGGAACUUGGAACUACUUAAUGUGAGGAAAUGAAAUGAAUACUGCACAUUUUAACAUUUCACACCAAUUGUGAUGUUAAUACUUUGUUUUCUCUUGCUAAGUGGUCACAUUUAUGUAAUUGCAGUAGUUGUGUAGUAGUGGAAAAGUGAUUACAGUGGCACCUCAGUUUAUUCAGAAUAUAAUUUAUCAUAAAUCCAUGUAAUCUGAAUAUUUAGAAAAAACUGGAAUAACGUGGACAAAAUGCGACCGUAUAUUAAAAAAUGUGUAUACAGUCAUUUAUAUACAGCAUGAUCACGUAGGCUAUUCAGCAGUAUUAGUGUUGCCAUCCCAAAGAGAAUGUUAUUGUGUCCAGCCAUGUCUUCACAGUGAGUGCCAACUUCAUCAACUACUCCAUAAAUUGUCUUUGUCGGCAGAGGAACAAGCGGGGUAAUUCCAUAAUCAGAAAUCAUCAUUUUGAUACAUAAAUCUUCAAUUUAUUCUCACUUAUUCUGUCAAAACCCUACUGCUGAAUUUCCAAUGCCAAAUUCAGUUGCAACGUUUUGCAACAAUUCUCAUUUAUCGAUCUUACGCAGUGCAUCAAACUUUUUUUGUUCAUGGACACAAUCACCUUCUUUCUCUCUGAUGACAUUUUAAACUCGUAACUAAUGAGGUCAUUGCAAUGCUGUAUAACUCUAUGUUAGCUGACACACUUUUACAAUAUUGUAUUGCAUAUUGACUUCAGGUCUAAACUUAGGAACAACUGAGUCCAUUUUAUUUUCUGUAUUUCUUGUUCUCUAUUUUUGCAGUAAAGCAUCCUCUGAAUGAAGGUAAUCAAGCACCUGAUUUUCUUCUGCCUGUUUCUAGAUUUAUCACUGGAUAGCUGGCACAUCAGACACAUGUGACACUCAUUUUUCUCUCAUAUUUGUAUAAUACCUGACAUCAGUAGCUGUCUUGUAACUCCUCUUCUCUCACAGCUAUUCUUUAAAUCCUCACAUACUGAUACUGAGUCUUCUGUUACUUUUGCCUGUUAAAAGCACAGUUAAAGAUGAAAACCCAAUAUACUUUCUAAAUGUGCUACUUCAAUUUGAUUAAGCUAUAAGCUGCUUAUGUGUGGUGAAAACUAUCCCAUGAGUUAAAUUAGAGCAAAACAUUCACAUCACGAUUGGUGUAUGUUUCUUGACACCAUAAUUACAUUCUGUACUUUAGAUAAGUGCUGAUACAUAGUGCCCAAAAUAAAUCAUAUCUGGCUGUUCACAACAUAAGGAGAGUCUUGUACCAAACAUUGUCAUUGUACUUUGGCUGGUGAUGUGACUCACUUGGCAUCAGGAUGUAAACUGAGAUGUUACAUGAACAAAACAGAUACACUGACAAAGAAUACAUGAAGUGCUGUCAGUAAAAAACAAUUCCAUCUCACUAUAGGCCACACAUGAACAUCUUUUGUGCUUAUUGCAUUUUGUAAGUUCCUGAACCCAAUUCCCUUGUCUAUUUUUGACUUAUAAAAUAGAAACAUUUUUACUCAGAAUAGUUAUUUUUAAUUUGUGUUCUUUCUCUAUUUUUUACAAUUUCGUUCACAGUGUCACUAGUUUAAACCUUAUGUGCCUUUUUUCUAUCAAGAUUGAAUACUUCGCAGUAACGUGCGACACCAUACAAGAUUUACUUUUGAGACUAGCUUAUCUGGAGUUUAAAAGUGUCAACAGUUGUUUUGCCACUGUCAAGAGAUCUCUUCCUUUCAUAGGCAAUGUUCAAGAUAAUGAGUACUAGAGCCUGUACAAUGUCAUAGCUUGUACCUGCUGUGUGUUAUCAGGUUACAUUACAGUCCCUUGGCUCCAACUUGAGACUUUCACUGGCAAAGGUCUUUGAAAGGUUACUCUGUACUUGAUUAAAACUUAUUCACUUUCAUAGCAUAAAACUGGCAGCAGAGAUAGUUAAAAUUUGAUAAAAUUUGGCAAAUGAACAAUUAUUGUCUUCUAGAGUGUAGUUGUAUGUGUAAUUUUCAUCAUCUUUUUCCAUAUCGUGUGAAUUUCUCAUCCAGUAGUAGAGUGCAGCAAAUGCCAUUGCAGCCGCUUUCUCAAAAGAUUUAAAAAAAUGUGCUGUUAUAUUUCAGUGCAAAUAUGAACUUGAGUAUAUAAAUUCCGUCGAAAGUGAUUGACAGAAACAACUCAAAUGCUUCUGGUCAUAUAAAUUUGUGGCUUAUCAUAGUGUAGCAGACUUUCAUUUGAGAAAAUAUAUAUGCAGUAAUAAAAUAUUACAAUUUUAGAUAUAAGUAUUUCAUCUGAUAACUUGUAGCUGUUGAAUCCAUAAUGAACUCUAAAAGUCAUAAGAUGUUUUCAAAUUCAUAUUGUAAAAAUAAUAAGAUAUUUACCUUUUCUUUUUAGACAAGUGCAAUUUCAUAUUUUGUUCUGGAUUCUUCUGUUACCUAAAGAAGUCAUGAAGAAACAUUUGUUAUAAAGUUGAAAAUUUUAAUAGGUGAGAGCUGUGGGUAGUUAUUUUACCACGUUAAGUUUGAAAUGUUGUGUAUAUAACGAUUUAACAAAAAAAUUUCAUGUAAAAUAGAGACAUUGGUCACAACAAAGAAUUGUGUGAUAUGCCCGAAAUGUAGAAAUUGUUGGUAGUAUUAGUAUUGUUCCUUUGUAUAGAGUGAGUGUUGGCAUAGUGAAAGUAAAUUUAAUGUAGACUAAUUUUUUUUGCAUAUUUCUGUAUAGUUUUUCUUGGCUGCCCAUUUGUAUGACAAGUACUCACGGCAAAUGGAAAAACUGCCAGAGGAAGCAGCAACAUCACAGUUCUUACAGCUUGCGAUUUUCAUGUAAUAAAGCCAAAGGAUGUUUGUCCUUUCUAAUUUUCACAUAAAUAAUUCUGUUUUCAUGAAAGUUAUUGAAAGUAUACUAAGCAGACAUAAUUUUUUGUUUCUGUGACUUUGUAAAGCACUCUAGGGUGUACAAAUUUACUUUAUUUUCUUACACUUCAUUUCACCAUCACAUUUUAUUUGAAAUAUUUGAAAUGAUGACACUAAGUAGGUACUUGUAGAGUAUUGCUUCUGUAAUUACAGCUGUGUACCUAUAAUUUAACACUGUCAGACAUGGAAAUACAUCUUUAUGUGAUAGUGCUGUUGUGGAUUGUGAUGUGUAAGUGUGGCUCAAAUGUUAUUUUUUGUGAGAAGAAAAUUCUUUGAAUUUGUCCUUUUCAAAAGUUGUACAGGAUUACAGUUGAUAUAAUAUCUGUGAAUUAUGCCUUUAAUUGUUGAUAUUGACUGAUGUCCUAAUGGCGGAAGGAACUGUCACAAUAAUCACCACAUUUACACAUUGUAGUUGGAAAUUUGAAGUUUUCGGUAGUGAUCUUUACUCAUCUUCAACAUAUUACAAAACUAUGUGAGAAAGAUGUACAUAUAUUAUAUACAUUGUAUACAAGAUAACAAAAAUAAAUAAAGAAGAAGUGAUCAGCUUCC